CGUCACUCCAGCGCCUCCCGGAGGCACCGCUAUGGAGCGGGAGGCGGCGGAGCUGCUGGCGGCGGCGCAGGCGCAGUUGGCGGCGCGGCGGCUGUCGGCGGCGGAGGAGCUCUACAGCCGCUUCAUCGCCCGGUGCGCGGGGCCCGGGUCCGCCCCCGCAGGCGCCGGCCGCGACCUCGCAACGGCUCUCAACAACCGGGGCCAGAUCAAGUACCUUCGGGUGGAGUUCGCCGCCGCUAUGGAGGACUACACGGCCGCCAUCGAGUGCCAGCCCGGCUUCGAGGUGCCCUACUACAACCGGGGCCUGGUGCUCUACCGGCUGGGUACGGGCCGCGCCGCCCCUCAGCGCGGGCCAGGCCGCGGGGCUCCCGCCGCGCAGUCGGUCACGCCAGCACCGCCUGGCCCGGGGCCGUUCCCCCGGGUGACCCGGGGCAGGGCAGGGCAGGGCGACCCGGGCCUGCGGCCUGCGAGCCAAGCGGCCGUCCUUGACCCUCCGCGCUGCCCCGGCACGGCCUGCUCACGGCUUCCCGCCCGGGCUGCCGUCCGCCCUGCGCACGGGGCAGGCGGGGAGCUGUCCCAGAGCUGGUUAACGGCCGAGAGCGCUCUUUUACCCAAAAUUCGCCCGAAGCUGCAGAGUAAUUCCUCCCGUUUUACAGAGGGAGGGACCUGCCCCGCACCGGCAGGGGAAAGACGUCACACCAGAAAUAAAUGGUGUGGAGGGACGUGUUCUUCUCCAGUAAUCACAGGACGUUGCAGCUACGAGUCUGCCCUGUGUAUGCAGUUAGAGAUCCCUGUUUGCAGAUGUGCUGCUGUGCCAUUUGAAAUGAUGCUAUUCAGGGGAGAAUAGGGGGGAAGAUGCAGUUUCAGUUUUGGAAAGACUUGUGUUGGGGUAAAACUAGCCAAUUCCAAACAUGGCUGUUAAACCUAAACUAAAGCAUUUCUUAAGUAGGUGCAGCCAUAGUGAGCACAGCCUUCGCAGUUUGCGGUGGGCUGUCAGGUACAUGUCUCCGGGGAAUACGCUGCCUAAGUUUUGAGUAUGCCGUAAGAAGAUGACACUCCUGCUCCUUUUGUUGGAGCUUGGUUGUUGCAAAGUCAAGACCCAGAAGUUGAGGGACUAGAGAGAGCAGGAGGAGAAUGGAGCCAGACCAAGGGCAUCAGCUGGAAGCGGUAUGCCUGUGUUCCACAUUUAUGGCAGCCUGGCUAUUGGUUUGAGCCUUUUGGCUCCUUUCUUUGAAUAAGCAGGCGGAAUUGAGCCUUAAGUCCAUUUUAGGUUCAAAAAUAGGCACUCGGGUUCUUGCUCUGAAGACCUUUGACUCCCACUUGGGCCUCUGGAGAAUCCAAAUGUAGUGGGUCCAGUAAGUACAGCUGCUACUUCUUGUUGGUGAAAGCAUUAGGAGUCAUUAUUGAGUUGUGGUUUGUGAGUUUCAGUGGUUACAGAAGUAUAAUUUUUUUUUUUUUUUUUUUUUUUUUUUUUGGGACAGGAUGCUUUGAUGAGGCCAUGAAAGAUUUCAGGAAAGUAUUAGAGUUAAACCCCCAGUUUGAAGAUGCUGCGUUGAGUCUAAAACAGGCUAUUCUUGAUAAAGAAGAAAAACAAAAGCGGGGUUAUUGAAAAUGCAGCUAGUGCUAUGAAAAUGUUUUGCUAAAUAUGUGUUUUUUGGCAUUGAUAGAUGGAACUCAAGAUCAUUUACAUCUGUUAUGCCUUACUGAAGAAACCUCAUUCUUGGGUAAAUGAGUUAAAAAUGGGUUAUGAUUGAAGAAUAAACUAUUUUUGGAUAUUGUUAGUGUUGAGGAAAAGCAUUAUUUUAGAUCUGUGUCGGAUACUUGUACAGAUUUUGUACAGAAGUACUUCAUAUAGGCGUUGGAAGCUCAGUAACAGCUAAUGAAGUCUGUGGUUCUCUUACUAAAACUGUGUUUCUGUACUCUUUCACAGAUUGUUUUAAAUAGUCUUUCCUGGGGAAGAAAAAUCAAACUAUAUAAAACAUUAAAUACUUAAAAUUGGAGCUUGUGAGAAGUACAGUGAUUUAAUAGUGCUUGUCCACGUUGAAAUGUAAAUUUGAUUUGAGCUAAAAGUGCAGUUGUUAAUUCAUUAUAAGGUGUUGUCCUUGAGAUACUUUGGUAACUGAUUUGCUUUUCACUUCAGACUAUUUCUGUAUUAAGAAAUACUUCACAGAAACAGUGAGAUCUUUUUAGGUAACACCAUCUGUACCUUGCAUGAGGAACGUGGUAUAAGAAUUCAGUCCUUUGUACGUUUGUUCACUCCUAGAGCUAGUUUUGUAUGACCUAAGCAGGUAGGAUCUGAGCAUACCUGUUUUUUGUAAUCCCAUUGUAAAAGUACUGGACAGAUUAAUAAUUGAAAGAAUAAAAAUGAACAUGUACUUUUUAUCUCAUGAUUGUCUGUAGAGAGCUUAUGGUAGAGACUGUAAUCGGGCUAUUCACAGUGGGAAGUGGGCUUUCUCCUUUUUAUUGGAAAGGUCGAUUGCUUGAAAAAUACAAUGUGAAAUCUGUCAGAUUGAACUGGCUGUGAAUACCCAGGCAGCUUCAUUUCUCACAUGAUAAGAGGCACCAUUGCUGAAACCUAGAAAUCACGGAUAAGAAACAUCCUUGCAUGUUCAUAGCAAUGCAAGUUCUAAUCAAAGAUAUACUCUUUGAUUGCCCACAU